GUGUGUGUGUGUGUGUGUGUGUGUGUGUGUGUGUGUGUGUGUGGAUGUGGUGAACCGGCCUCCCUCCUCCUCCGUGUCCUCUCCGUGUCCCGGUGUGUAUAAAGGCCUCGGGCAUGUCCGCCCGCUGAGCUCCGCGGGAAGAUGCUGCUGCUGCUCGGGCUGAUGCUGCUCACGGCCGCCGCCGACCCGCCCGGGGCGGACGGUCCUCCUCUCCGGGGGCCGGGGCUCGGCUUCUCUCCGCCGGAUGCAGCCUCCCCCUCCGCCCCGCCACCCCUCCUCCUCCGCCCGCAGCCCGGAGCGGAAUACGCGGCUCCAGGUGUCGCCUCGGCCCGGUCCGCGGCGGAGGAGCCGGGCCGAGGAGGAGAGGAGGAGGAGGAGGGAGGAGAGCAUCAUCAUCACCACGGCGGCGGGUACCGGGUGGUCCAGUGGGAGUGGAGCUACGUCCAGACCCCGUACAUCAUCGCGACCUGGCUGCUGGUGGCGAGCGUGGCCAAGAUCUUGUUCCACUUCUCCCAGCGGUUCACCACCGUGGUGCCGGAGAGCUGCAUGCUGAUCCUGUUGGGUCUGGUCCUGGGCGGCAUCGUCCUCAUAGCCAAUAAGAAGCAGCUGUACCAGCUGGAGCCCGCCCUCUUCUUCCUCUUCCUGCUGCCGACCAUCGUGGGCGACGCCGGCUACUUCAUGCCGGCCCGCCUCUUCUUCGACAACCUGGGAGCCAUCCUGACGUACGCCGUGGUGGGGACGCUGUGGAACGCCUUCUGCACCGGCUUCUGCCUGUACGCCGCCAAACUGCUGGGGGUCAUAGACGACCGUGUGCAGGCCGACCUCAUGGACUUCCUGUUGUUCGGAGCGCUGAUCUCGGCCGUGGACCCGGUGGCGGUGCUGGCCGUGUUCGAGGAGGUUCACGUCAACGACACGCUCUUCAUCAUCGUGUUCGGAGAGUCGCUGGUCAACGACGCCGUCACCGUGGUUUUAUAUAAAGUCUAUAUUUCCUUUGUGGAAGUCGGAGCGGAGAACGUUCAGACGGCGGAUUACUUCAAAGGAGUUGCGUCCUUCCUCAUCGUCAGCAUCGGCGGGACCCUGGUGGGCCUGGUCUUCGCCGUCAUCCUGGGCUUCAUCACCCGCUUCACCAAGAAGGUCCGGAUCAUCGAGCCGCUCUUCGUCUUCCUGCUGGUCUACCUGGCGUACCUGACCGCCGAGCUCUUCUCCCUGUCGGCCAUCUUGUCAAUGACCUUCUGUGGCAUCGGAGCCAACAAGUACGUGGAGGCCAACAUCUCCCAGAAGUCCCGGACCACGGUCAAGUACACGAUGAAGACUCUAGCGAGCAUCGCCGAAACCAUCAUCUUCAUCUUCCUGGGGAUCUCGGCCGUGGACAAGUCCAAGUGGGCCUGGGACACGGGCCUGGUGUCCUGCACCCUCGUCUUCAUCUUCGUCUUCAGGGCCGCGGGUGUGAUUGGUCAGACCUGGGUUCUGAAUCGCUUCCGGCUCGUCCCAUUGGACAAGCUCGACCAGGUGGUGAUGUCGUACGGCGGCCUGCGGGGGGCGGUGGCGUUCGCGCUGGUGGUGCUGCUGGACGGCGAGCAGGUCAAAGCCAAAGACUACUUUGUCGCCACGACGAUCGUGGUCAUCUUCUUCACGGUCAUGUUCCAGGGUCUGACCAUCAAACCUCUGGUGAACUGGCUCAAAGUUCCUCGUUCCACAAACAGGAAGCCGACCAUCAACGAGGAGAUCCACGAGCGGGCCUUCGACCACAUCCUGACAGCAGUGGAGGACAUCGCGGGACUGCAGGGAUACCACCACUGGAGGGACAAGUGGGAGCAGUUUGAUAAGAACUACCUGAGUAAGCUGCUGCUGAGGAAGUCAGUGUACAGGAAGAGCGAGCUGUGGGAGGCCUAUCAGAAGAUCAACAUCCGAGACGCCAUCAGCGUCAUCGACCAGGGUGGGAACGUCCUGACCUCAGCCAGACUGUCUCUGCCCUCUAUGGCCUCCAGGGCCUCGUUCCCCGAGGUCACCAACGUCACCAACUACCUGCGUGAGAACGGCAGCGGUGUGUGUCUGGACCUCCAGGUGAUCGACAACGUCCCCGGGGCCAAAGUGGAGGAGGACACGGAGACACACCACGUCCUGGCAGAGAACCUGUACAAACCCAGGAGACGGUAUCAGUCCCACUACAGUCGACACUUCAUGCCUCUGGGGGAGAAGGAGCGUCAGGACCGGGAGGUUUUCCAGAGGAACAUGAAGAGUCGCAUGGAGACGUUCAAGACCACACGCCACAAACGACACAAGAAGGAGCGCAGCCUCAAGAAGCGGCGAGGAUCCGACACCAAGGACGACGGCGGUGACAAACCCAGACGCAACGUCAGCUGGCAGGACAAAGAUCCCGUGGUGGUUCCCGUGGAGUCGGAGGAGGACAAAGCCGAGCACUCAGACCAGGAGAAGGACGAAGACGUCGGCAUCACCUUCGUAGCUCGAAAAGUCGAGACGCCAAAACCGCGACCCACAUCAGUCCCGGCAGAUGUGGACGGGUAUCAGAGUCCGACGGCCGCCCACCACUCACCCGUCGGCGGAGACAGCCACUUACCGUGGAAGGGCGGCCUGGGCUCGCCCCCUCCCUGCGUGUCCGUGGAGGCCACAAAGAUCAUCCCCGUGGACCUUCAGCAGGCCUGGAACCAGAGCAUCUCCUCCCUGGAGAGCAUCUCCUCCCCGCCUCCGCCCGCCGAGCCCGUCCACCCCCGCGUCAUCGCCCUCUCCAGGCUGGGGGGGCCCCGCCCGGCCUCCUACAGCCCGUCGAGCAGCGUCGGGGGCAGCACCUCCUCCAUCGCAGCCCAGGUGUCGCAGGGCUUCUUCUUGCCUCUGGAGAAGAAGAAGGAGACGAAGAAGCAGGAGGAGGCGGAGGAAGAGGAGGAGGAGGGUGGGGCGGCGUCUCAGGAGAUGCAGCCGCUCAUGUCGUCUCUGAGGCCCCCCGGCUCCCUGCCCCCGCCGCCACCGCCUCCACCAGGCUCCGCCCCCGGCUCGGGGAGGAGGAGGAACCCCUGCGUCUACUUGAAGAGCCUGGUGACGGCGCCCCCCGCUGGCGGCAGCGAGCUGCACAGCCGAGGCCCCACCCAGCUCUAACAAACACACAAACACACACAUACGCCAGCCAACGACCUGUCAGGCCGUCCAAUAGGAAACCAGCUCACUCUGUUCUGAUAAUCAUUCGUCCAAUCACAGCCUCUGCUCCGCCCACAUGGUUCGCAGACGUCGUUUAAUUGGCCUCCUGUCAUCUCACGGUCACAUGACAACUUCCUGGUAUUUUCUUUUUUUUACAUCUAAAUCUCUUUUCUCUUCCUGUAAAACACCUUUUUAGUUGUUUGAUGACAUCAUCCUUCACUCAGGGGCGUUCACUCAUCCUGCCGUCCAAUCAGAAAGCUUUCUGGUAGUUUUUAACUCCUCCUCCCGUGUGACUUCAUAGGUUAAAUCCACAGGUGGAAGUUAAGGUGGAGGUGAGAAGUCCUCGACAAAAGAGAGCAGGCUGUCGUCAUGACGAUCACUGCUCAGCUGAUAGUCACCGUCCACUCUUGCUGCUAUUGGCUGAUGCAAACGCCAAUCGAUCAUCAACGUCCACGUCAGUAAAUAUGAGGAAUCAAACAUGUGUAAAUCUUAAAAAAAACGGAGCAGUGACAUCACUCGCUGUCAGGUUUUAACGACAGGAAGUGAAAAUUAUAGAUUUUUACACAAUGAUGUAAACGUAGCUUCAUUAUUAAACUGUAAAGAUUAUAUGAAUAUUAUAUUUAUAUAGAAUCAAAUUUUAAGUGUUGCUGCCGCUUUUCUUUAUUCUGCUUUUACUUAAAUGAAGAAACCAGUGAAUUAUUGAUCAGAUCUACAGAUAAUCAUCAAUCAGACACACUGCGUCAUCUUGAUCCUGCUGGACUCUGACUGAUGCAUCGUCGUCUUGGAGAAACUGGUGUUGUAAUAAAAGUGUAAACUGUCCUUUACUGGAGUCUGAUGCUGAGCGGAGGCGAGCACAGCGCCACCUGCUGUUCGUCCGGCCCCCAGUCGCCCUUUAAUCUGAACGGACAGAAGCUUUGUCCGCGUCGGUCCGACGAGCAGCUCGAGUAUCGAUCGAUCCAAUCGACUCAGUCUGUCUAUAACUGCCUUACUACUGUGUCCGUGUCGCUGUGUGUGUGUGUGUGUGUGUGUGUGUGUGUGUGUGUGAGUGUGUGUGUGCGUGUGUGUGUGUGUGAGUGUGUGUGUGCGUGUGUGUGUGUGUGAGUGUGUGUGUGUGUGUGAGUGUGUGUGUGUGUGGGUUCAUUAUCCACCAGUAGGAUGUGUUCAUGCUCAACGUGAUGAUGUGUGUGUGUCUGUUUGUGUUACAGAUCAUGUCCAGCAGCUGCUGCAGCAGUUUAGCUUCAGGUGGACACAACAACACACACAACAACACAACUUUACACACACACUCUGCACACAGGC